CCUGUGAAAUGUAAGCACUGCGGCAUACUGCGUUUAUUUGAUGGCUGCCUGGCCCUGUGUUCAAAGGAAGAGCGGAAAAAGGGAGGAGGGCACACGACGGAGAGGAACGGGGAACGACUACACGAAGAAGAGGGGGGGAGGGAAGAACGAUUCUCUUCUGUAAGCGCACACGCCACGAGACCAUAUACCGGGAAUCGGGGAGAGGAAAAAACAGGCGAGAGGGACUAGAGAAUACGACGGCUCCGUGCUCUUUUGUUUUGGAAAUCAUUUGACGCAGAGAAUAAGGAAUAACAUGGCAGCAGAGAGCUCCUGACGAGGAUUGACUUUCAGUAACCUCUUCUCUUGGCCAAAAAGUCUCGCAGAAACACAGGGAGGAAAAGCGAUCAGGGAAGACAUGUUUAGGGAUUUUCGUCUUGAGGUCGCGGUAGGAUGUUAUGCCGUUUAAGCGGCAAUCUUGUGUUUAGGGUUAAUAGCGGUCAAUAGCUCACGACGACCCGUUUGUUUUUCUAAUUGGUUUGUUAUGAUCUGAAAAACCCGAGGCCUUGGGAAGCCCGAAGUAUAUGCGUGUUCAGCAGCAAAACACUUGGCUGCAUUAUCACCAGGCAUUACGUUGUUUCGGUGUAGUUUAUGAGCAAUUACAAUUCGGACACAACCGUGCUGUUGCCAAAUACUUCCGUGUCGAUCAUCUCUGCGAUCUCGAUAACGUUGCAUGAUUUAUUACCCCAUUCAUUUCGGAUCUGUCAGUUCGCUCGGUUCGAGGCCCCGUUGAGAAACAUUGGGCAAGCUAUGAACUAUAGGGUUUCUGCAGCAAAGGUAAUAGAAUAACUUGAGUCUUUGGGCUGCUCAGAGAAAGGCUUCUUCCCUGGCUAACGUACAUUAGGUGGCAGGGAAUACCUGAUAAUAUUUUCCAAUUUAGACUUAAGACAGGUGACCUAAGAAUAUUUUAAAUGUUAAUGUCGACCGACGUAGCAUCCAUCAUGCUGCCUGUGUCCCGGGGUCUAAUGGACCGGGAGCUGGAAACAAUGACUGGAGUGCACCCCAACUCGAGUGGUGCUGCAGGAGCCGUCCGAGGGAUGAAACGAGGGGACCCCGAGCCCGAUGCGCAGACAGCGGCCGCUCUAGUCGACUCGACCGGAGCAGAGUGCAAGCGUCCCCGUAUUGACGGAAUCGCGGAGGUUGGUCAGAACAAUGAACCCUUGACUCUCGGUUACCAUGGAUACCCAACUCACAGUCAGGGCUCUCAGGAUACCACCGGUGGCCAGGAGGGUCUUGUCCCGCCCUUCUCUGCCUUCCCGCCCCCUCCCCCUCCACCGCCGCCCCAGAACGGCCUGGCCCUGGAGUACGGGGCCAGCCUGUACGCGGCGGGGGCCGUGGUUCAGGGCCCCGUGGAGGCCGGGGGUCCAGGGGGCCCCCCUGGAGGCAGCCUGGUACCUCAGUCGGUGGACGGGACGUCCCAGAUCGACGGCCAAUCGUCAGCGGGCUCCGGAGGGGGAGGCGGCGGAGGAGGGAGCGUCGCCGACGACGACGCCAAGGGAACCCCCAAGCGGCUGCACGUGUCCAACAUCCCCUUCCGCUUCAGAGACCCCGACCUGCGGCAGAUGUUCGGGCAAUACGGGAAAAUCCUCGACGUUGAGAUCAUUUUCAAUGAACGAGGAUCCAAGGGCUUUGGUUUUGUAACGUUUGAGACGAGCGUGGACGCGGAGCGAGCCAGGGAGAAGCUGCAUGGCACGCUGGUAGAGGGCCGUAAGAUCGAGGUCAACAACGCCACGGCCAGGGUGAUGACCAACAAGAAGAUCUCCACCCCGUACUCCAACGGGGAGGGCCUGGCCACGAUACCGUACGGUAACGCGCUAUGUACGUCCCGUGGAGCGCAGCCUUCACUCCUCCACCAUGUUGUACCAGCCGGUUGGAAACUGAGCCCCAUGGUCGGAGCCAUGUACAGCCCGGAACUAUACACAGUGCCAGGCUUCCCCUACCCCGCAGCAGCCGCCGCCGCCGCCGCCACCACAGCGGCCACCUUCCGGGGGGCCCACCUGCGGGGCCGGGGCCGGCCCGUCUACAGCGCCGUCAGGGCCGCCGUGCCCCAGCAGGCCAUCCCCGCCUACCCUGGUGUGAUGGCCUAUCAGGAUGGCUUUUACGGUGCAGCUGAACUCUAUGGGGGCUACGCAGCGUACCGCUAUGCCCAGCCGACAGCCGUAGCAGCCCCCUCAGCGGCGGCGGCGGCUGCAGCGGCAGCAGCCUACAGCGACAGCUACGGACGGGUCUACACUGCAGACCCAUACCACGCUGCUCUCGCUCCCGCAGCCUACGGUGUCGGAGCCAUGAUGUUGUGUGAUCCUUCCCAGGCAACUCUCUACCGGGGAGGCUACAGUAGAUUUGCUCCCUACUAAGGACCCUACAUUUCCUUGGAGCUUCCCCCCCUCCCCUCUUCUUCCAUCCGGGCUCUAUGAAAGAGCUCCCUCUGUUGGUUCAGAGGAGGACUGCACCCUGUAUACAGAGAUAGUUCUGAAUCCCACUCCAGCAAAAUCCCACCCUUUUUUUCUCUUUUUUUAUUACACUACAAAAAAUAAGGAAUGCUAAGACUAAUGGAUGGCCUUGACCUAAAAAGAAAAAAAAAGAACCAAGAUGGCCGCCUACUUUAUUGCACGGCUGUAUUAUAGAAUCCCUCCAUUACGCCCCCCCCCCCCCCCCCCCCCCCCCCCCCCCCCCCGCCAACCCCGACACUGAGCAGCACAAGACAUGGGAGCAGACCCAGACGAUCUUCCAGAAGCUCUAACUCAUGCAUGGAUAACUGACAUUCGAACAGCUGUCACCCAAGUGAACCAACAAGCCAAGUACACCGUGCGGCAUCACACACCCUCACACAACGACCAGGAACAUUGGGGAGGGGCGGCUCAGAUUAGGAAUUAGGUGACGGUUUGUACUUUGUUGAACAGAAAACAAAAAAAAACGCAUAAACCAUUUAAAAGCCGAAAAAAACAGGAUGGGGGACUGGUCUGAUUGAGCGGAGUGGAGUUUCGUUCGUUUGCUGUGCGUGCUGAAAAGGAGGAGUGGGAAUGGCGGCUGCUGUGAUGCGUUAUAAGCUAGACAUCACUGCAGCGAGGCUAGGAGAGGCGGGGCUUAUUUCAGAUGUACCUUACCUCGUUUUCUUAGUGUUUGGACAUGUGAACCUUUAAACUUUAAAUUGUUACAAUAUGCAAUUAAAUUAGUUUAGACAUGAGAAAAAAAAUAUUAUUACCAAAUUAUGAUUAUUAUCGUUCUUUAUAAUGAUUUAAUGAUUAUUAAAAAGGUUUUUUUUUUGUAUCAUGACCGAUGUCGUUUCGGCUUGGACUCUUUAUGACAUAGCGUUGAUUCACCUGGCUGGAAUGAGGCUCGUUGCACUCAAUAUGCGAUAAAAAUACAAUGAAAACCUAGAUCCAAAUGAGAGCACAUAGCAGGAGGUAGAGUUGGUUGUCUCACUGGUGUUUCCCAUGCCUCAGAUCCAGUGACCAGGCUGCCAUGACAACACUACAAACUUUAAAACACUACAGUCAAUUUACUCGCCUAAAUUCUAGGAGGAUUUGGUUUAUUCAUGUUCCAAAUCAUUAAAUUAUCUUCCCUAUAAUCUCCAUCGGAAGGCAAGGGGUAUACACCCUUUUUUUUUAUUGAUUCCUUCAUCUAAAAAAAUGGAAAAGUAUUAUUUGAAAUCUCCAAAAUGCUCCCUGUUUUUUGUAGAGCAUGAAAACACGCAAAAAUGAGUCUUCCUGAGGAGAAACAGUUGAAAAACUGACAGUAGUUGUUACACACGAAAGAGUCAACAAGCGGAUCGAAAGUAAAUAUUCUACAUAAUUCUCUAUUCUAAAUCCUAUUCCCAAAUGUGAUUGUUUUGCCUUUUUGGUUUUAUUUGGUUCCAAAGAUUUUUAGGAAGCACAGUUUGUUUCUGCUUGUGUAUUAUUAAUAUAUUCUUUAUUCUUAUAUUAUGAUCCUGAUCCUUGGUAAUCGAAUUGCUGUCUUGUUACUAUUAUUCUACUUUUUAUUUAAAGGAUGCUCCUAUACUCGUGUGAGUUAAACUUUACUCUCAAACGUUUGUCCUUAACCUGAAGGGACAGAGAGGCGAUGGAGACCAGGAACGCAUGUUGCAAUGCAGAGUUCACAGAUUUUUGUUAGUUUUGGAUCUUUUAUUAUUUUUUGUCAUAUAGUCAGAACAGGCCUCGCCUGUUUCUGGAUUACAUGUUAUUUAAUGACUUGCUCUGGUAUUAUAUGAGGUUAAUUUGUAUUUCAGAAUAUGCAGAAAUAGCUACAAAUAAAAAUAAAAACUUGUGUCUGUAGUUUACAGGUGACCGAGCCCUUUGGAGAUGAAUGAACAGAGGCCUGUGGCACUUCUCAAGGGUUAAGCAAAUUGUAUUCAGAUUUUAGUUUAUAUGAUUUAUUUUUGUUUUUAUAUUAGUGCUUUAACAUGGCUCCUUACAUUUCAGUGCGGAAAAAAAUAAUAUUUAGCCAGCUAUAGGAACUUUUUGGCUUAAAUAUCGCAAAGUGUUAGAAUUUAAAGAUAAUAUUUCAACAUGGGGGAGAAAAAUGAACUGUGGGUCGUGGUUUAUGAACCACAAACCCGUGUUUGAAAUGCUGCAGCUAAUUCUGAAAUAGUUUGUCCAUUUCUUCCAUUUCAAUCCCCACCAAGCUAAGACGGCUCGGAAAAGUCUUCGCUGUAGUUGGUUUGCAGCUGGCUUUUGUUCAAUACGUUAUGUUGCUUUUUUCGCUUGACUUUUUAAUAUUUACAUUUUACUAUAGAACAGGGGUCACCAACACAGUGCCCGCGGGCACCAUGGCGCCCGCAAGGACCACAUGAGGCGUACGUAGGCCUGGUCUAAAAUAGCACUACUCAUUCUUGAACAACUCUUUCCCACCUUUUUUAAGUCAUUGUUGAUAAUUAUUGUGAGAAAUCAUUAACAUGACUUAAUUAAUUAACAUUUCUUCACAUAGAUGACUAUCAUUAAUCAUUAAUAGUAAUAGUAAUAUAUAACUAAAGGUAAACUGAGCAAAUUUGUUAUUUCAGAAGAGUGUAUAGAACUGGGUGCCCUUCGUAUGACUCAGUGCCCAUGAAGUAGCUCUCAGGUUCAAAAAGGUUGGGGACCCCUGCUAUAGAAUGUGCUCUGAAAAAAAUAUUUCAUUUUUUGGUUCUUUUGAAGGAAACCUAGCCAAAGAUGCUAAUUGUCCCUUCACCUUCUUGUUCAAAACUUGAGAAGUGCUACAACAAAAAAAUUAUAUACAAAGAUGGACUUUUCUAACCAUUGGAGGCAUGGACAACCAGCAUGAGCGAUACGUGUCGAGUUUGAAAAUUGUUUUGCAUGACCUUGUGUAUUUUCAGACUCUGAGCAGUGCACAGUUGCAUUCUUUUUGACCACUUACCGAUAUGGAGCUAGCCAUUUUGACGCUGAUUGCUAGGAGACUAGCACACAGCUACGAAGAGCACAGUGCUGUUUUGCAACAAAAAAAAGAGCCACUGACAGACUAAAUGGCUGCUCCAAAAGAGCAUGGGGUAUAUUCAGUCUCCAGUCAUGGUUUUAUUCUCAUUGUAUCGUAUUAGCUGUGUGGUCAUCUAUCCAUGCUAUGGUUUUGAUGGUUUCCCUCUUAUUUUCCCUGACUGCCAUUGUUUUGUUAUUGAAUGUCCAUAUAAAAUGUUUUAUAUAAAAAUGUUUUGUUGUGAUGCAGCUUCACACUUGUUUUUAUUUCUGUGAUCCAUAUAUUUAGAAAGCGUGUACAUUAUUAUAUAUUUUAUAUUUGUUGCUUUGCUUUUUUUCACAAAGAUCCCGUUAUUUCAAUAUUGUGUUUUUUUUAUAAGGUGCAGAUGUAAGCUGCCUUCUAGCAUACGCUAUUUUGUUGGUCAUUUUUCUCAGAAAUAAUAAAUCAAUCCAGUAUCACAA